AUGAUGAUGAUAGAUGGUAAUGAUGGUGAUGGUGAUGAUGAUGAUGAUGAUGAUGAUGCUGCUGAUGAUGAUGAUAAUGAUGAUGAUGAUGAUGAUGAUGAUGAUGAUGAUAAUGUGUUCUUUUUCUUUUUUGCGAAGUUUUGGAUGUUUAAACUGUUUACGAUAAGAAUUAUGAAACUUAUUCCUAAGCUUAAAUGCUAUUAUCAAUCUUUAACUUCGUACCUUGAUUUGAUUUUAAUAUUAUAG